AUGCACCGAGGCCCGCAGCCCCUCAUUUGUGCGACCACCGACCUGAGCCUCAUCCUGUCCUCAAAACCGCAAUUGUUCCCAGUCUUCCUCCAGUUUAUGAAAGCUUCCUCAUCCCAUGCUCCCAGUUUGACAUCCACUGGAGAUAUCACAUCUAUCAACAUCUUCUAUCGCAAAACACCAACUUUCAUCCACCUUACAAUGGCCUUCCCCAACAUCCUCUCCUGCCUCUGCGGCCCCACCUCAGACGACCAUCCAUCCCACCACGACGAGAAAUCCCCCCUCUACCCCUCCACCACCCCAUACACCGACCAACCCAAACCCCAACCCAUACCCACCUCUCCUUCGCCCUCCCCUUUGAUCAACGACAUCCUCACUCUCCUCCUCACCACACCCCUCCCCAUCACCCCCUCCGCCUCCCAAUCCCAAAUCGACACCACCCUCGACCUCCACACCACCUCCUGGUCCGAAUACCUCGCCGAAAAGAUCCUCCGCGCCCUCUCCGACCUCCUCGCCACCGCCACCGAUCCCCAGUCCCGCAGGUCCUGGGGCGAGGCCCUCUCCCAAGCCUACGACACCUCCAUCACCAUUGCCGAGAAGCUCUUCAAUGACCUCAUCGAGUAUGUCAAGGGUCACCCCUACGAAAUCGCUGCUACGGUGCUCCUGUCAUUGGUGACAUUUGGGGUUUUGGUCCGUCUUGCUCCACGGGUGCUGGUGCUGCUUGGUUUCAGCGCCGAGGGUCCGGUGGAGGGGAGCUGGGCGGCUUGGUUUCAGAGUACCUAUGGAGGAUACGUACCCAAGGGUUCGCUGAUGAGUUACUUGCAGAGGCUGGGGAUGACGUGGGAGUGA